AUGAACAACGAUCGGCGGAUAGCAGCGGAAGCGCGUCAUCGUGGAUCGUCAGACGUAAAGGCAUCCCUCAUAAAACUUUCGAUAUCAGAUCGCACCGGUGGGCCGCACGGCGCAGACUGCAAGUGCGGCAGAUUCGAUGGAGUUCAUGCUGGGAAUGUGCGUGACGUGUCUAUGGCAGCGGAGGCGGCGUGGCAGCUGAUCGACGCUUGCUCAUUCGUCCGUUGC